GCUAGCCGUGGUGGUUCAUCAUCCCUCAGACUUCCCGUUUCAGGGCUGCUCUCCGGAACAAGAAGUGUGUGUGUGUGUGUGUGUGUACAGCACAGGCGCCGCGGACACCUCAACACACAUCAUAUAUCACAGCCGAUACUUCUGUAUAACUGCGUGUAAUCAUUCUAGGAGAGAGAGAGAGAGAGAGAGAGAGAGAGCGCUAGCUUAGCUAACGCUAACCUAAUCGACCGGCUGUGUCUCAAAUCACUUGUACUUUUUAGACAAUGACGGGGAUUUAACUUUUUUUCUUUUUAAUCCUGGAACAUGGGAGUGUGGUGUGGCGAAAGGACCCAUAAGGUGUAAAGUCUCGGCUGCCCAAACGCUGUGGAGACGCCAUGGAGCCAGACGUCCUCCACAUGUACUCGUCCUCUCCCCCGCCUUUGGAAGACGGCGCCGACGAGGACGACGACGAGUUCAGCGACUUCUCCGGCGUCCCCAACAGCGUCAGCUUCUCUGAAUUCGAGACGCCCACCACAUUCAACCAGCUGCAGGCACUGAAUGCGACGUCGCCGCCGGAGUUGAUCGGUAACGGCCGGGUCGUCGCGCUGAACAGACCAGUAAUGGCGAACGGAAGCCAGGGCGACGUCCCUGCUUGUAGGACUGUUAGUGUGGAGGAACUGAAAAAGGUCGCGGAGCGUCCUCGUGGGCCUUACACAAACUUUUCAGAUUUUCCGGGAAAUACCAGGACUGGUUGCGAUGCCGUGGACUGCAAUGGAGGGGGCAGCGAAGUUCUCACGAAUGGCUUCGCAAAUUUUGACACAGAGGGAACUCCUCCCUUACGGCGUAUACACAGGGAAACGGGGUCCUCGGGGGGUCGGCUCGAUGACGCGACCCCCAGCGACAUCGAUGAGGACUUUGCAGAUUUUGCUGCUUUUUCAAAUGCUGACGUUCCCGGUCACAUCGACGGCGAUGCAAACUGGGAGAAUUCAAACCACGACGCGAGACUAGCACAAGACAACCAACCACAAAGCGAGGAAAAUCACAAAGCUAGCUUAGCUGGCGGAGCGGUGGACAAUGACAAGGACGAUUGUGUUACAGGGUUUACCUUGUGUGCAAAGGCUACAGAUCACCUUAGCAACGGGGACAGGGGUUUCCAUGCGGAACCAAUAGAUCGACACAAUGACCGCGCAAAUCAGGACUCGAAUACUACAGAGUUUGUUAGCACAGAGCGGAUAUCACAGAAGGGCGUCACCCAGGACGCCUUGGAGGUCAAGGAAAAGACGGAUAACAGGGUGUCACCCGUCUCCGUGGACGAGCGAGGUAGCAGUGGCGAGCCGACGGAGGAGAAGGGGUCCGGGAACGACACAGAAACAGAGACCGAAACGGAGACCUCUUUCGGUCGACCGCUGUCCACGGAGGCGCUGGAGGAAUUUGGGGAUUUUAGCACGACGGGUUCGGUACCUUCGCCUCCGCUCCAGGAGGAGACCACCACUCCUGCUGACCACAGCCAGCUGGUCGAGGACGACGACGAGGACUUUGGAGAUUUUGGCGACUUUGGGGAUGCGAGCUCUUUUGGAGGCGCUGGCUUCGCUGAUUUCGACCAGCAGGGGGCGGCACCGCGCUCUGCACCUGCGCAGCCCGUCAAUGCUGACAUGGCGUGCGCCGACGAGGACGAGUUCGGGGACUUCGAUACGCACGGGCGACCGGAAGGGGAUCGGGAGAGGACGGAGGGCGCGGGGUUUCCGGGGAGCGACAGUUUUGCGGACUUUACUUCUGCACCUGUCGGUGGAGCUGCAGACGAUGGCGGUGGAUGGCAGGCGUUCGGCGAGUCGAACGAGGAAGCGGGGGAAUCGUGGGCAGCAUUCGGUCAGGACCAGGGCAAGACCUUCGAGGAUGAGAACGACAACCACUGGCACGAAAGCCGAGCUGUUCCAGCUGCGCCCCCUACUGACGGUGAUGAAGAGCGCAGGAAAGACCGCGUUACGGAAUCUCUUGUCAGCCGGUUAGAGAAGCUGUUCGUGGCCAGUUUUAUUGAGAUCUCCUUGCCUCGCGUAGAAGAGGACGUUCCCCCUCUUAAAGCCUUCCUAGAGCCGUGUGAAGGAUCAGAAAAAAAUGUGAAGCAGCCAGCGCCAGUCAGCGGAGGGGUGCAGGGUGUGUGGCUGCAGCUGCAGGACAUCCACAACGCCUUUGGUCUGAGGUACCAGUGGGGCGGAUCACACAGUAACAAAGCUCUCCUCUGCUCGCUCGGCAUCGACACGCGGAACAUCCUGUUCACAGGUCAGAAGAAGCAACCUGUUAUCGUGCCCAUGUACGCUGCCAGUCUGGGAAUGCUGGAACCCACUAAAGAGCCUGUGAAGCCCGUCUCUGCUGCUGAGAUGAUCGCCUCCAUAGCUCAGUCUCCCUCUGUCGCCACGGAGAUGAGCGCCUGCCCCACUGAUGCAGCUCAGGAGUCGCUUCCACCGGUGCAGUUCGACUGGAGUAGCAGUGGCCUUACAAACCCCCUGGAUGCGAGUGGAGGUUCGUCUCUGCUGAAUCUGGACUUUUUCGGCCCGGUGGACGAGUCGCCUACGAGCUCCGCCACCUCCAUACCAGGCGUGGACCCGGAGCUGUAUGAGCUGACCCAGGCGAAGCUGGACGUGAGCGCAGGCGGGAGCAGAGUGGUGGACGCCUUCGCCCGCCUGAUGUCCACCGUUGAGAAGACCAACACGUCCACCAGGCGGGCGCAGACGCAGAAGGAGGAGAAUCUGAGCGAGGAGGCCCGGCGCGUCAUCUCCACCCUGCCUGAUCUGUCCUUCAUGCAGGCCAAAGUGCUGAUGUUCCCCUCCACGCUCACUCCUCUCCCUCCGUCCUCCUGUCCCUCCACGUCUCCGUCUCCUGUCCCAGACUGAUCUCUCUCUCUCUCUCUCUUUCUCUCUCUCUUUUUCUUCAGUCUUGAAUUAUUCUUUUUUUUUUUUUCUCAGUUUACUUUCGCUCCACUUGUUGGACUCGGUUUAGGUUUUUGUGAGCGCGAGGUGAGGUGAUUAUGGAUGCACCCAUCUUGUUAAUGUCGGAUUCGAACCUAGUCAUGUGACACAGGCACUGUAGCUCACUCCAACUAGAGAGCGACCCGGCAACACGACUCACUAUCACCCUGAAUACAAACAUAUUCACUUUUUUUUUUUUUUUAUCCAACAGAUUCUAGAAAUUUAGAACCCUGCACUUUGAAGUCUUUAAUCACUGUAGCAUUCUGACGCCUUUAAUCCGACUCCGAUCUCCAUUAGUCUCUUUCACCCUCUCAAAUGUCUACAGCAGUCCAGCAAACGACUCGCUGCUCACUUUCCAGAUCUCUUUAAAGUUGUCGUCUCACACCCUUACGUUACGUUUUUAGCCCUCAGAUACGGUGGCACUUCUGACAAAAAUCUACAAAGACUUUAAUCACUUUUUUUUUCUUCUUUUUCUUCAUUACAAUCAUACGUGUAAAGAUCAACAGAUUGAUCUCAUUGUCGCAUUCGCGUCCUGAUUUUCUGUAAGAUAAAUAAACGGAACAUCAGUCGAGUUCUCGAUCACACGGCGAUCGGUGCAUCCCUAAGCGCUCGUCCUGAGAUAGAUAGAUAGAUCUUCAGCGUGUAUAUAAUCAGGGAUAAGACUACUUUUUCUUUUUCCAUUUUAGGUUACGUUUAUGGUUAGUUCAGUAUGAUUCCAGCUGUGUGUUUGUAUGUCUCAGCGUGUGUGUAUGUGAGGUAUGUAAGAAAAAAAAAAAUAGUAAAAAAAAAAAAAAAUCAUUUUUGCUGACGAGACACUGGUUAAAAGUCCUUCAACGAAGGCAAAUAGUGAAGUGAAAUCAGUCUAUAUAUAAAUAUAAAUAAAAGAGGUAAAUAAAUAGACUUGAAACCAUACUGCCUGCUAAAUUCUGCUGGGUGAGUUUUGUUUUUAUUUUUUAUUAAUGAUGUGUUUAAAAGGCCUUAGAUUUUAAUUAUUUUAGUUAUAAAAAUGCGUAUUAUAAUUAAUAAUAAUAAUUAUUAUUUUUAAUUAUUAUUAUUAUUAUUAUUAGGUUUCUACGUCGGGGCAACAUUUGUUGGCUUUGAUGUUGCGUUUCUUCUGUAAUCAGCGCUUCAUCCUCGUAGGAGACAAUUUCUUAGAGUUUGUUUUUUAUUCUAUUAUUAUUUUUGCUGUCGUUAUUAUUGUUAUUAUUAUUAUUAUUUUUCUUUUAAAAAAUCUCUUAAAGGUGAAACCACUGUAAUGUGACGCGUGUUAAUGAAGGAAUCAUCGUGAUCGACUUGAAGUACUUUAGCCAAUAAGGGACCAAUAAACCUAAAGAAAGUUGAUGUUGAUCUACAGAAAGUCUUUUACUUUUUUUUUCUUCGCCGGAUGAGCAUCAAGGGGGAAACGUCCGAGAUUAACGCCUUUUUUUUUUUUUUUUUUUUUUAUAUAGCUGUUUUCCCUAUCUUUCUAUUCUUCUGAGUUUUUUUUCUUGUUUUGUUUUCCCCACGCUUGAGUGUUAUUCUGUCUGUCUUUGUCCGUCUCUAUGUCUCUCUGUGAGAAAUUUUGCACAUUGUAAAGCUGUAAUGGAAGUACUACUAUACUACUACUAAAAAAAAAAAAGAAAACCACGUUAGGUGACUGUGUACAGUAAGACUGUGGAAAAAUGUACAAAAACCCGAUUGUUACGGAGAAAUUCCUAUGGAAAAAAACAAUCUUACUGAUGAUUUUGUGUGUGUGUGUGUGUGUAUGGGGGGGAUAAAAAAGAGCCCCGCCUUCCUUCCUUCCUUACGCCUACCCCUCCCCGUCCCCACCUUCCCUUCAGGUUGGAACGAGCAUGCUCGGGCUCUUAUGGACAAAAAAACAACAAAAUCUUUAAGUGUGUAAAUUUUCUUUUAGUGUACACAAGGAAUUAAAAUAAUUUAAGAGAA